CCUCAAUUGAACCACACCAUCAACACCAUGUUUCCCCCACGCACCAUCCUCCGCAGCACCCAACGCUUCGCUGCAAACCUUCGCUCGCCCGCUGUCCGCAAGCCCUUUCAACGUCGUUUUGCGAGCGCUGAGAACUCCGGUCUUCACGGCGCCGAGGACAAUGCUUUCAACCGCGAAAGAAAGGCCGUCAAGGAUCACGCUGCUGCUACGUCUGGUAUGCAGCUCUGCGAAUGAAAACAGACAUUCAACAAUCAAAGGCUGACGUGCUGGCAGAUCUAUGGCGCAAACUCUCCAUCUAGUAACAUCGCAAAACCCCGUGUUUGGAAAAGCUAGCAUCGGGACUGACUGGCAUACAGUGCAACAAUUCCUUGCUUGAUUAUCGCAAGUGCCAAUGCCUAUGUGCUAUGGAAUGAACAUUGGGCCCACUGGGCUCAUAUGCCACCUUUGGAAGAACGACCAGAAUACCCCUACCAAAACCUAAGAAUCAAGAACUUUUUCUGGGGUGACGGAGACAAGGUGAGUCGCUAACUUUCAAACAUCGAGAUCAAAACCAAAAACUCACUAAUUUGUGAAUAGACUCUCUUGUAAGCACAUUUCCAUGAUGAAAGAUUCGACAUGUGCCGUCUCUACUUGGAAGAUUGGGCAAUGGCAGCAUAUCCAAGGUUAAGCUAAUGUAUCACAGCUGGAACGAUAAGGUCAACUACCAUAAGAAGGACGAGUGAGAUGGAGUAGUGUAUCGAUGGGGGCCGUUAUGAUGCGCAUUGGGAUUGGGGGACGUCGGUAGAUUCGGAUGACUGUACAUUUUUCUUUCGAAUCCUAUCCAUAUCAGAGCUUGAAUGACUUUUGCGUGGUGCAUAUUCUCAUACUUCACAGUUUCAUUAUGAACUCAAAGCGAGCCUUACUUGACUGGAGCUUCAUAUAACACAGUGUUCAGGAAAGAGUGGAACACUCCUAUCUAGCUGGUAUGGAGAGUACAUUGUUUGUACAUUGA